GUUUUCACAAAAUUCUCAUAUACUCUUUGGUUUAAGCAUUGAUGUUCGCUUGUAUUUUUCUAAUAAACGUUUAUAUACUCUUUGAAAAAUAAGUUUGAGCGGUAAAAUGAUUAUAGAAAGUGUUUUUGAUGCGGAACGAUAAUAUUAUAUUACAAAAUGAUGGAUUUAAAAGCAUGUGCAAUUUGUUUGACUACGGACUCGGACUCCAUUGACGUUAAAUUUUACGAUUUGGAUGUCGGACUAAGAGUCGAAUACAACAUAAUAUCAGGAUUACGAACAAAUAAAGGGGAUGGCUUUCCCGGAUACCUUUGUUACGAGUGUUUCGCCUACGUAAAACGUUUCAUAAAGUUUAGAAAUAAAUGCCAGAGAACCCAUUAUGCUCUCAAGCAACUUCUUGACAACAGAAAACAGGUAACAAAAGCCGCGAUUCAGGUGAUUGAUCGUAAAUUAUUGAAUGUAGGGCCGUCCCUAUCUUACUUAGAAAGCAACAGAACACACUAUGAGCAAGUAAAGUUUAAGUGGGUAAAGCACAAUCGUUUUAGUGAUGUGAAAGGUGAUGUACCAAUUGUUCACCACAGUACUACAGAUACUGUCAAAUUUGAAAUACCAAAAAACAUCCUUAUUAAAACUGAAAUAGAGGAAACAAAUACGGAAGAAGAUAUACCUAUAGCAGAGAAUAUUGAGGAUUUAAAUGAUUUUGAGAGAGUACCGCAGGAAGUGGAAGAGUCCCACGAUGAGAAUGCAUACAAAGAAUUUUUUGCUACAAACCCAGAUAGUGAUAAUGAUUAUGUUGAAGAGGCUAAAGAUAAUUGUGAAAUAAAAGAUGAGAUAGAUGUAGAUGGUUGUAAUUUAGACGAAGAGUAUGCUAGUGUAGUACCAAUUAAUAUGAAUGAAGCGAAGGCCGUUGUGGAAGUAUACAAAAUGUUCAGUUCAGGGAAAUAUUCAUGUAAUGUAUGUACAAAGUCAUUCUAUAAUGAAAAUCGAUUGAUGAUACAUAUGAGAAUGCAUGAUAAGCAUAUAAGUGGUUUGUAUUGCUGUGAGUUAUGUAAUUAUUAUUACAAAACAGAUUUUCUCUUAAAAACUCACAUGACAGAAAAACAUAUGUACAAGUAUAUAUGUAGAAAAUGUCCUGAAGUUAGUUUUGAUAGAACUUCAGCGAAGCAACAUUUCAUUUGGUCACAUUUACAAAAGGGGGCAUCUAAAGACUUUAAUUGGUAUGAAACUCGGCCUACUUGGUUGAGUAAGCGAGGUGUGAAGCAGCACAAGGGUGUGGUAUCACUCCGUCCUGUUCGGAGGAUAUCAAAGUUACCAGAUGAUUUCUUAGUUUAUUCUCCAGUGGGACAUGAAGAGCAGUACCAAAUAGUGGGAGCGAGACAGACUAGUAUGAAUUAUUUGGAAGCAAAAUUCAAAUGCAAUUUGUGUUACAAAGGUUUCCGGGAGAUUGAUACAUAUAAUAAACACAUGAAGAAACAUAAUCCAGUUAUCUCGGGCCAGUUCCAAUGUGACGUGUGCAAGCUUUACUUCAAGGAUUUAAGGAAGAUGUACAAACAUAUGAUUAUAACACAUUUGUACAAAUAUUCUUGUCAAAUGUGCGAUUUUGUGUGCUAUAACAAGGGUCAAGCACAUUUACAUUACAAGUGGCAUAAAAAUGUCACCUACAAGUGUCAACACUGCGACAAAGUGUUCAAAAAAUCAUCAACACGCUUAACACAUAUAAGAAUAAAACAUCCAUCGACCAACAUCUGUGAGUUGUGUGGACACAGCUUUGUCAGCGAGACGGGAUUGUAUUGUCACAAGAGGAUGGCCCACAGUAAUGAGGAGGUGGAGGUGAGUGAGGAUGUGAAGGUGGACGUGACGGACGCGCUGUACUGCGCCGAGUGCAACAUCUGCUUCAAGAACCAGGAGGCCUACAACACGCACUUCGGCAGCUCCAAGAACCACUCUGCUACUAACUUAUCUGUUAACAAUCACACGAGAGAGACAAGGAAACGUCGUGUGACGCGACGUGAUGCCUCUCUAAUUAUCAACAACGGCCUGCCUACCGUCACCAGUUGUGAAGUCUGCGGCGACAGUCUACAGAACGACGUGGUAGCGCGCAAGCACUACGAGGCGCAGCACCCCGGCGUCGACUACCUCAAGCGCUACAUGUGCGACGUCUGCGGACACAAGACCAGGCAAUACGCGAACCUGAUGGUGCACAUGCGAGUGCAUACGAACGAGAAGCCCUACCAGUGCCCGCACUGCGACCGCCGCUUCAGCAUGCCCAGCAACAGGGACAGGCAUAUCGUGGUGCACACCGGUGAGAAACGCUACCAGUGCCAGUUGUGCAGCCGCCGCUUCACUCAGAGCAGCGCCGUCAAACUGCACAUACAGACCGUCCACCUCAAGAUACCGUAUGCACCCUGGGACAAGAAGAACAGGAAGCGGCGGCGCGAGGUGGAGGCUCCGCUGGCGAUGCAAGAGAAUGUUGUCACCAAAUUUUAG